AUGAACAAUAUAACUACUUCCGAAAGUAGCAGCGGAGGCGAAUCGGGAUGGACAACAUACUGGGAUCAACUAUCGAAUUCCACGGAUUCUAACGACAACCGAAAAAAAUUAACAUAUGAUGAUGAUGAUGAUGAUAGCUUGUCCAUAGUUUCAGAUGCAUCAUCAGGGCCUCGACUGAGUAGAAACGAAGACCAUAGUUCUUCGUUUUCUGGAGAUCAUAAAAAAACGAGCAAGCGCAAAAACAACACCAAAGAGGAUAAGAAACAUAACCAGUUUAGUCUCGACGAUACUGCAACCUCACCAUUCUUUCAUUCCAACCAGGACAAUAUGGGACCUAACCAAAAUCAUUGUAGUCGGCCAGUGGAACACUUUGAGAGGGAACCUUCUCCAAAGAAGCACUUGGGUUCCAGAAAAGGGAAAUCAGAUCUCCUCUUCCAGGUAGUCAUUGAGGAAUGCAGACUUGACAUCGAUCGAGCUGGUAGAUUCUCCAUUUCUUUUGGGUUGCAAGUGCAAUUAGAAAUUCUUAUGAUCUACCUGAGCGAUCAUACUUUUCUCGGUGGUGAUUCUAGGGAUGGUUGUUCGUCCCUUGAUGGUGAUGGUGUCCUCGGACUGGAAGGUUGCGGAGCUGGAGGUGAUUGUGUACCUUCUACUUCAUCUUCAUGUUCUUCUGGUAUGAUAUUUUGCCUCCACGAUGCAGUCUUGAGGAUGUCCUAUAUCCGUGCUAUAGCAGAGGAAUAUGCCUUUCUCGGAUUUCUCCUCCAAUUUGUGACUAUUUUUCUAUUGAAUGUGGACGUGGCAGAUACUCCCAAAGACUCGUAG